UUUAUGCACCCUUCACUCAUUCUUUCUGUACCUCUUAUAGAACUCUCUAGUCCCUACUAUGGGAAAACGCAUCAAUAUGGGAAAUGGUGCUGAAAGCAACUUCUCUGCCCCAUCCACCACUUCCAGCACCAUCAUUACUGAGACCAAAACUUCUAGCACACACUCUUCUUCCUCCUCCUCCUCAACAAUAACAUCACCAACAUCAUCAUCAAAUUCAGAUUCACUGAACAAUUCAACCACAUCUCAAAACAUGAAAACUGGGAAGGGCUCAAAGGAGUGCAAGAAGAGACAGAGAAGUGAUGAGAGUGAAAGCAAUAGCAAUAUCAAUAGCAAGCACCCUACAUACAGAGGAGUGAGGAUGAGAAACUGGGGCAAAUGGGUAUGUGAGAUUCGUGAGCCUAGAAAGAAAUCAAGAAUAUGGCUUGGAACAUACCCAACAGCAGAAAUGGCAGCUAGAGCUCAUGAUGUAGCUGCCAUAGCCAUCAAAGGCGAAUCAGCAUUCCUGAAUUUCCCUGAGUUGGCUCAAGAGCUUCCAAGGCCAGCAACCACUUCUCCAAAGGACAUUCAAGCUGCAGCUGCAAAAGCAGCAAACACUGACUAUAAGCAUUGUGAAGAUGGAUCAGAACCAAGCCAGAGAGAAGAGCAAACAUCUAUAUCUUCAACUCUUUCCAUGGAAAAUUGUAAUACUAGAGAAGAUCAAGCAUCAAUAGUAUCAAUAUCUCAAGAGUCUUCAAAUUCUCCUUCUGCCAAUGAUGAUGCUGCGUUCUUUGACCUGCCAGAUCUUUUUUCUGAUGGAAACCAUGGACUUUGCUCCUACUCUUCUUCUUGGCAGUUAUGUGCAGUUAACAGUGGACUAUUCCGGCUUGAGGAAUCAGUUUUUUGGGAGAACUACUAGAGGUUAUUUUAUGCCGGGUUUUAAAUUGUAGUUAUGGUUGUUGUUAUGUUGCGGAAUUGUGAAUAAACGCGAGUCGAUGCAGCUGCAGUUGCGGUGGCAAUGCUCUUGUGGGGAGUCGAAACGGCCGCAAUGGAGGUUGGGAUUGUAAUUUAAGACUCUGGUUUAAUGUAAAAACAGAAUCAAAUAAGGGAAAAAAAGAGUAGCAUUCAGAGUUUGUCUUCUUAUAUGUUGUUAAAGCAACUGAUUUCUGCAGUUGUACAGAGAAUACCAGUUGAGUAACAAUUUACAUUUUUGUUUUA